UAGUCGCAAAGGUUAAAAUAAUAUCUUAUGUAAAAUCGUUUUAAAAGACUAGGUUUUUAAGUUUAAUUUUUAAUUUUAUUUAAAUUAGUCAUGGCAACAAUCGUCGUUUGCCGUGUGUGUCUAAAGAAACAGAACUCGCAAGAUUGCAAAAGCUUGCUGGAAGCAUCAGAAGAGGGAUUACGUAUUGUAAAAAUGUUAAUAUACUGUUUUCCGGAUUGGAAUAUGACGAUCGUAGCAGAUCCGGUCAUUUGCGGAAAAUGCAAAAAAUACUUAAGAGACGCUUAUCACUUUAAAAGGAUGUGUGUUAAAAACGAGAAAAAACUGAAGUCUUAUUCGAGAAAAUAUUGUAUAGAGGAAAUUGAUAUAAUGAGUUUCAUAAGUAGCGAAACACACUCAAGCCAGCAUAGUGACAAUAACAAUAAUCACAAAUUCAUUAAAGAACAGAGUGAUAAAAGUACUACAUGUUCUUUACAACAAAGAGUUAAGCAAAGGUCUUCAUAUCGUAAAAGGUAUACAUGCCAGGAUUGUUUAGGUUGCAAAAAUCGUAUCCGUGAUGUUGUGUAUCAUAAAGGACCUUUUGGUGACUCCUGUGUAUGCUCCACGUGCAAUAAUACCUUUACAAUCAAGGAUCUGAGAAAGCACAUUUACAGCCAUUUAUCUCUUAUCGAAUGCCACCUCUGUAAUAAAAGGUGUAGGGACAAAACCACUCUCAAAGUGCAUCUCAGGUCGCACACGAAAGAGCGGCCCUUCGAGUGUCCAGUUUGCAAUAAGAAAUUUGCUCAGAGUUAUGCUUUAAAUAUGCAUAUGGGCACACAUUCAGACGGCACCACAGAAACCAAGUGUCAGGAAUGCGGGAAGAUACUGUCGACAAAAUAUAACCUCAAAAUUCACAUGAUGUCUCACGACGUGAGCAGAAAACUAACGUGUUUCCAGUGCGGUAGAAGUUACUACACGCAAAGCGCUUUAGAAAAGCACUUGCCUAUUUGCGGGUCACCAGUAACAAAGAAAAGGGUGACGUGUCACAACUGUAGGAAAUGGUUCUUUAAUGCCAACGCAUUUCAACAGCACAUUGCCCUUUGUGACCCUGACAUAAAAGAGGAAGAAAUUAAGACCGAAUUGAUAGUGAUCAAAGCCGAAUCCCAAUUGUCUGACGAUUCUGAUGAUUACUUUACGGAGAGUGAAGAAAUUAGUUCCAACGUAAAGGUGGAAGUUGACGGCCUUAUUUAACGCAAUGGUGCCUUGUAUUUAGUUUUGGUUAGUUGUUUAUCAAGCCAAGACUUUAGCUCAUAGUUAAAACAUUUCAAAGUGGGGUAAUGUUUUCUGCUAUUUGAAAAAUUUUUGUAUAUCGGUUAAGUAAAACACCUGUUAAAAAACUACAGACAUUUUAUUUUACAAACAAAACUUUAUUAAUAUAAAUCUUCAUUCGUUAAAUUGGGUGGCGUUUUCUUUUCUCCUUUCCCCCUUCUUUUAUCUCUCUCUCUUAUUCGCUGCCUAAAUACAACAAAGAGGUAAAGGUUUCCUUAAACAAAUUCUUCGACUUUCCACACCGAAACGAAAGAAAAAUUACUUUCAAACAAGAUUUGCGAAGGCAAACCAAUUGAUGGCAACAUAUUUUUUCAACUUUUUAACGAUUUAAUAAACUAGAAAAUACUUCAAAACGGCACACAAAAGCAAGUUUUGACCAUCAAUUGGUAGGGAUAAAAGUCACUUAACCACAGUAUUAAGGAUGUCCAAUCAGCCGGAACCACAGAAUACACAAGUAAUAUUGACAAUAAACAAGACUGGUUCGGCGGUGACAAGUUAAGCAAAACGUAAAUUAGAAAAACCGUCUAAAAACCCGACAACUGAAAUUCAGCUUCAAGGGAAACCUUAGAAAUCUAGAAAAAUGUGUUGCCAGGUAAGCGGGUUAAAUUAUUCCUGAAAGUGAAGUGUUGGAUCCCUUCCUCCUGUGGUUUAGUGUCUUUGGCUGGAGUCAACAUACGUACCAAGAUAUAGAGCCUUGCAGAAUUGCUGUACAGCCCACACAAAACGCCAUUCACAAACGUCACAAUUUGAAUAGGGAAAGAAUCACGUUUCAAUCAAUCUUUCGCGUAUAAUUUUUCAACGAAUUACUACGAUUCUUGACAUAUACACCUAAGAAAACCUAAAUAUUUACCAAACCACUAACAUACAACUACCUCCAUUCUUCCAAAUUCCCUUUAAUCUAGAACACUCAUAAAAUAUAAAUACAUCUUAUACAAAAUUGGUCGGACGCGAA